ACACACUCAAACACACAUAUGCAUGGACGUCCUGCAUUAUAGAUGUGAGACAUUUAUGUUUUCCUCUGUGGGAUUUCACUGGUUUCCAAGCACAACAGAUGACUUCUUCUCACAAAGCCACAGAAGAUCCGGAUGAAACCCAAGCAUCAGAUGCAAGCCAGUUUGAUCUGCUCUUAGCAUCCGAGAGGCCGCGUGUGUGUGUAUGUGUGUGGAGAGCGAGGCUGGAGGGAGGAGUGUUUGAGUGCAUGACAGCAGGAGAGAUCAGAAGAGAGAUUGUUCCAGUGCUGGAGGUGAUCCUGCGUGGACGCAACGUCUGGAUGUGCGAGGAAAACACGCUUAUUCUCGUUUUUGUGAGUGUUUGCUUUGGUUGAGCCUCUCUGGACCCUGUUCUGCCCUGCUGACCACGUCUCUGGAGCGAAGCGGCUCUUCUGUGCUGGAAUGAGGAAGCCCAGGCUGGACAAUCGGUCUGUUUAACAUUAAGCUGUAUGCCGAUAAGCAGCAUGACUCAGUGCCAUGAUAUCAACACUGCUUGCUGACACAGUGCAGCAAAGGAUGCUGGGAAACACCAAGCGUUUUUUUGGCAGCGGCGAAGACAAAGAGGGCGAGGAUGGGGAAGAUGAGGAGGAGCGAUUGACGAGAUUGAAACAAAAUGGGAUGAUCGAUAUGGGAGACAAGGAACACCAGAACCGGGCCGGAUCCAAACCGGCAGCCGUUGUGAUUGGAUGGCAGAGAGGAGAGAGGCAGCCCAGGGCUGUUAACUCCGCCCAAAGAGGAAUCCCGCAUUUACCCAGUCAGCCGACUCUUUAUCAUCAGACAACCAAUCAGCCGCUGUAUCACCCGGUCUUGACCAAUCAGCAGGCCCGGCGGCGUCUGAUGGAGCGCAGCAUGACCACAGUGACCCCUGUAGAAGACUCACAAUUCGCCGUGCUUGUGUUCCGCAUCGGCAUCCCUGACAUCAAACAAACGAAGUGUUUGCGGUUUGAUCCGGAUUCAAGUGUUUGGAACGCAAAGCAGCAGAUUAUUUGUUCUCCCAGCGAGUCGUUGUGGGAUGUUUACAAUUACGACUCUCCGCCCACGGACCUCUUCCAGCCAGCUGGAGACGGACGAGAUGCCAAGUUCCUGGAGGAGGAGCGCUUACUUCGAGAGUUCGCCCAGUCCCUUGGAGAAGGGAGUUUCCCUACCUGGAGUUCAGAUAUUAAGACGCGGGGUCUACAAACAGACAACCUGGAUGAGAAACAACUAGCGAAGCCUGCCAAUCUGAAGAAGUUUCUGGAUUAUGUUUAUGCCGGAGCAGUGGAGAAGCUGAGUAAAGCUCUGGAGAAAGGACUGGACCCCAACUACCACGACACUGAGAGCGGAGCUGUCGUGUCAGCGUGUGUUUCCUUCUGGUUUCUCAGAGACUCCUCGGACUCUGGCGGUUUGCAGGUCAAUCUGAGCGUGGAAGGGAUUCGAGUUCUGGUGCUGACAGGGGCUCAUGCGCUGCUGUCUUUGGGAGCUUCUCCAGAUUAUCCAGACCGCUGUGGACUGACGCCGCUGUACCACUCGGUGCUGACGGGGGGCGAAACGUCCUGCUGUGAAACUACGUCUGCUGUACUACAGACGCACAGCUGGGCGUCUAGACGAGACACGGCUGGGACGAGUCACACCAGUAUGAUUGCUAAGCGUGCUGGGCUAACAAACAUGGCUGAAUAUCUGCAGUCUUGCCCAUACCUCCGACAAGAGAGCUGCGCCGGGUCCGUACUGUUACCGCUGAGGAGCCAGGAAGGAGAUAAAGAACAAAACAGCGGCCCUAACACCCCGUUCCAGGUUGCGGUGAAGGUCUGGACAUUUUUGGAACUCGGAGAACUCAUCAAAAAAUACAAGGCUGCCGAUGUUGAGGAGGACAGAGGAAACGUCUCUACAGCGCUGGUUCCGGGGUCGCGGUUUGUGGCGACACUGCUCUCACUCUGCCUCACGGUGAGCGAGAGGUCAGCCCUCAGCAAAGGGGACAAGGUCAAAGGUGAAGGGGGAUUCUGGGAAGGAACAGUGAAGGGCAGAACAGGCUGGUUUCCUGCUGAAUGUGUAGAAGAGGUACUGCCCCAAACCCAGGAGCAGCAUACAGCUAGAGGCUGUGUGUUGGAACAUGGAAGCUCAUUUCUGAUUGGUCCAAGUGACUACAUCAUAAAAGAGAAAACUGUACUUCUGCAGAAAAAAGACAAUGAAGGCUUCGGUUUUGUACUCCGAGGGGCCAAAGCCCAGACUCCUGUGGAGGAGUUCAGCCCGACUCCAGCCUUCCCUGCUCUGCAGUACCUCGAGUCUGUCGACGAGGGGGGCGUCGCGUGGAGAGAAGAUGACGUGGAUCUUGUGCUGCCUGUGUAUGCCAUCUUGACUGUGGUGAAUGGAAUCAAUGUAGUGAAGGUGGGUCACAGGCAGGUGGUGAACAUGAUUCGCCAGGGCGGGAACAGUCUGAUGGUGAAGGUCGUCAUGGUAGCACGAAAUCCUGAGAUGGAGGAAAUGCCUAAGAAGAAAGUUCCCCAGCAGAGCAAACGACUGACCCCUCCGGCUAUAGCUCUGCGCUCCAAAUCCAUGACUUCAGAACUGGAGGAGAUGGUGGAAAAAGCUGCCUCACCAUGGAAAAAGAAACCAGAUCACACAGAGAGCUCUCAAGCGCCAGAAAAGAAGAAGAGUGUCUAUCAAAUGGCCCUUAACAAGUUGGACGAGAUUCUAGCCGCUGCUCAGCAGACAAUUAGCACAUCAGACUCUCAGGGUCACAGAGGUCACGGGGGUCAAGAAGGAACGAAAAACAAGGGCUUUAACGCUAAUGAGCAAACUCUUGAACAAUCAGGUGUUGGCGUGAUGUCAUCAGGGUCUGGGUAUGGUUAUAACCAAGCCCAGUUUUCAUCAGGCCAUUCAACUCAACGUGCUAUGAUGAUGCGUCAGAAAUCCAUGGGAGUGACCGAGGGACGAGAGGGCGGGGGCUAUAGCAAUGCCACACCUCCCUCUGAUGUGGGCCCCAAACAGCCAACCGCACAGCGGAACAAAGCGCCAGCGGUCACCAAGAUUGCAGGUCGGCAAGGUGGGAAGGGGCUGUUGGUGAAGCAGCGCAAAGUGGAGGAGACCGGCCGAGAAAAGUUGGAAAAAAGUUCCAUUUCGAUCCCAACGAUUAUUGUGAAAGCGCCAUCUACCAGCAGCUCUGGGCACAGCAGCCGGGCGAGCAGUGAAGAAACAGAACCGUCUCCUGAGAAUAAUGAAGAGCAGGAAGAGGCAAAGCCUCAAAACCCAGUAAUGGCACCUACGCCCGCUCCACCUCAACCAGCUAGUAUCCCCUCAAAGCUGGAAACACUGGGCAAGAGCACAGCACAGCGGGAACGCGAACGUUUCCGUGACUCCCGUCGGAGAAGCACCUCCCUCUAUUACUCCUCUGAGGAGGACAUGUUGGAUGAACAGGAGUCUGCUCAGACUUCAUUGGAGGCCAACACCUCCGCUCGAUUGCGCUCUUCUAAGUCUAUCGAUGAGGGAUUGAUCUCUGGUGAUGCCUUAAGCAUGCCACCUGCGUUUGGGUUGCCACAGUAUGCAUCAGCUACACCUCAUCAAGCCACUACUUUCAUCCACCCAUUGACAGGGAAGGUUCUAGACCCAACAAGCCCACUUGGACUGGCACUGGCGGCUCGUGAGCGAGCGCUGAAAGACGACCGGAGAACGCGUAGAGAGGAACGCCACUUCGGUCGGCAGCUGUCUAGCACUGGAGCGUUUCCUUCUGCCGUCUCCUCUCCAAACCAAAAACCUGUUCCUCCCUUCUACAUCUACCAAUCACACACCUCUCUAUACCUUAGUGGUGCCUCUCCAACAACAAGUGGGCCAGUCCCACAAAGUCGCCCCCAGUCCCCUCGGAUGCUUCGAUUAAGUGGUGGUGGGACAGGGAGCUUGGAAUGGAGUGAACAGAAUAUUGUUGAUCGAGAGGAAAGAGGGGCACCAAAGGUGCGGUUUACAGAUAAUCAAGCCAGUCAGUACCAGUCUCACCUUCAGGACAGAGACAACAGAGUCAAUCAGUACCAAACUUACAUGCGGGACAGAGAAAGGGAAGGGCACAAGAGGAUACCGCCCAAGCCUCCUCCCCGCAGGCCUUCCUUUAUAGGCAAGGAGAAUGAACUCGGCACGGCUGACAAAAAUCCCACUGGUAAUUCCCAGGAUGAUAGAGGAGGACAGAAAAUGGGAGAGACUGGGAUGGAAAAGGAGAAGGAUGCAAAGAGAGGGCAAAAUCUAGGGGUUGGAGAGGGUGGCGAUGUGAUGGUGCUUCCACCUCCUGCUCCAUCUAUGGAUGUGGAUGACGAGUUUGUGUUUGCAGAGCCCCUACCUCCCCCUAUACAGUUUGCAAACGGAAUAGAAAUAGACACCCAUGGAACAACAGAAUAUAAUCAACAACAACAACAACAGGAGGAGCAGUCAGGAUCUCAGCCACCCAAGGAGCAACAGUCUCUGCAAAUGCUGUCCAAACCCCUGCAAGACGCCAUGUCCCUACCAGACAACACACAAGCUGACUCACAGCAGACACCCAUCCAUCCUUCUGCUGUGGUGCAUCCAUUUCUUUUCCCACCAUCUCCUCUAAUCCCCCCUCCACAGCUGUGUCCCAAAAUACCUCCUGCAAACCCGCCCCAGUCGCAACCCUCUAGCUAUUCCCAGCACCCAAACACCAGCCAACCCCAACCUUUACCCUCGCCACAAGCGGGAGACUCUGCCACUUCUAGUCUUACAUCUUAUGACAGUGAGGUGGCCAAUCUGACCCAGUCAGCUCUCUCCCCGUCCCUUCCUUCUCCUCAAAUAUUCCCUUCAUCGAUUAUCGCAGUUGACCGACUUCCUCCGGGAAUUAAGGGCCGUGAUUGGUCGGAGGCUGUGGUUGAUUCUGGGAUUGAGGAACUGGAUAGUCAUAGCAGCAGUGAUCACCACAUGGAAAACUUUGGAGAAAGAAUAGAACAAGAAGGAGGCAGAGAGAAGGAGAGGGGAGGAAGACGAGGAGAAAGCAUGGAGAAAAAUGGACGAACUGGACCUCCUCUACAGCGGCAGGCUAGCACCGCUCCCAACAUGUACAGGUCAAGGGAAGAGGAAGAGCAGGAACAGGGAAGAGGAGGUGAUGCUGCAGUGAAGAUGCCGGCAUUUAUGGAUCGUCGUCUGAACUCUCCUCUCUCCAAUGUUAAGGCCAGCAUUAUAAAUGAACUCAGCAGUAAACUACAACAGCUUGGUGGCUGGCAGGGUCAGGCACCACCAUCAAAUCAUAGACUCCAACCCCAGCGCCACCUCCUCUCAAAGACUGGACACCAUCUAAUUCUCCGAUUUCUUUUCCUCAUGGGAUUUUGUCCCCUCCGUCGCUGCCCCAUGCCCCCCUCUCUCCUCUUUCCCUGGCUCAUGCACCCCUCUCUCCUCCAUCGUUACCUCAUCCACCCAUUUCCCCCUAUAUCUCUCUCUCACACACCUCUGUCUCCUUCCUCUGUCUCUUAUCCGCCACUUUCUCCAUCCUAUUCCCCCUAUCCCUUGUCUCCAAAGCAUCGCUCUAAGUAUCGUGGUAAAGCUUCUGAGUUUCAGUUCUCCGGACCAGAGCUACGCCGUUCCGAAUCUCAUUCGUACACCCAUCGUCGUCGAGCUCCCAGUCCCCUCAUCUCCGGCUCGGACCACCCACAUCAUGGACCUCCGCGUCCAUCCUCACUCCCUCUCUUUCCAUCUGCGCCACUCUAUGGCUCUCCAUACGAAAUACAGCCUCCAUUAACCCCCCCGUUGGGAGUCGCCCAUCAAUAUUCAGAGCAUUUUUUCCCGCAAACUUCUCCUCUCUUUGCUCCCCCAUCACCUGUGGCUCCUCCUAACCCCGUGCUGGUCUCCAGCUCUCUCUCUCCUACCAACUCCCUGUCUGGAGGCUCCUCCCCAUCUUGUAUGGGUUACCCGCCCUUAACUCCUCCUCCUCCCAAUCAGCCUUUUGUAUCUAAGCCCCUGUCCUACUGGAGCAAAUAUGAUGUUGCUGAUUGGCUGACUUACCUGAAUCUGGCAGAGCAAACCCGGGAGCGUUUCCUCGUCAAUGAGAUUGAUGGCUCUCACUUGCCGUCUCUGACAAAAGAGGACUUCCUGGAUCUGGGCGUGAGUCGGGUCGGACAUCGCAUGAACAUUGAGCGCGCGCUUAAGAGACUUACAGACAGGCUCUCCUCUGCUUUCUCUGUCUCCACUGUUUCUUCUGAAGGGCAGAACGAACGCAUGAGAGAUGAGGCGACUCAGAGCUAGAGGAGAGAAUUAGAGAGAACCAGUUAGAGGAUAGAAAGAAAGAAAGAUUGGGGUUAGAAAAAAAGCACUUGGGAUGAAAGGGACUUCCACUGAAGGACAGAGGUGGGGAUGAUUGCAAUGGAUAAGCGCUAUGAAGUACUCAAAAAACUCUCGCAGAG